AUGUCUGGCAUAGACACCUUCUCUGUUCCGUUGUCUGCAGAGGCUAUCUCCUCCGCGUGGCUUGCUGCAUUUGUUUCUGACAUAUCCGGCCCCAGUUUUACUCUCAAGCGCUCGUUUACGAACGACAGCUACUGGCGGGAUGUCUUGGCAUUCACUCCUGAUUUUCGCACCUUGCACUCAGUUUCAAAAAUUCAGCAUUUUUUCUCAGUUCCCGUUGCCCUUGUACAACCAAGUCAGUUCCGACUCUUGCCAGGUGUCCGUCAUCGGCACAUUAGUCCUACAAAGACGUUCAUCCAGGGAAUUGUUCAAUUCCAUACAGUCAUAGCGCAAUGCUCUGGCGUCUUUACUCUGACUCAAACCAAGGACUCCUCAUGGAAGGCUUGGUCCUUCGUGACCAUGAUGGACCGGUUGUCCGGCGUGGUCGAUUGCUUUGAUGGACAUAUGCCUCUCUGUCGCCCUGCCGAGUGGAACACUGCAAUGGAGUACACAGCGGUCGUCGUGGGUGCAGGUCAGUGCGGCUUAUCUGUGGCCGCCUGUUUGGAGAAUCUCGGGAUCUCCACACUUGUCUUAGAGAGGUCUGGCAGAAUUGGCAAUAGUUGGCUUUUUCGAUAUGAUUCACUGGAGACGAAUACUCCCAAGGCGUUCAAUCAUCUACCCUUCGUCGAAUUCCCAGAGAGAUCCGGAAAAUACACCCCCUGCAGAGACGUUGCUGACUAUCUUGAAGAUUACCAAAGAACUCUUGGUCUUCACGUGUUGACCUCAGUGAGCAUUUCUGCCGCUUCAUAUGAUGCUUCGUCAAGUACCUGGACAUUAUCUGUAUCUCUUCCAGGGCAAGCCUCUAUUACUGUGAUGGCCCGGUACAUGAUUGUCGCAAUAGGCAUUGGCACAAUGGGAGGUGCACUCCCGUUCAUGCCUUCGAUUCCAGGAAAAGUACGCAAGCAAUAUCCCGUAUGA